AACAGAAUAUUGAGAUGGCCACUGCCCUGGAAUUGAGCAGCAACGAGAUUCGCGGCCUUUGCCAGCGUUAUCUUCACCAGGAUGUGCCAGAGUCGAAUCCAGGAUUCGAUAUCAUUAGCUAUCAGCUGAAACCCACCUCGGAUGCACCGGCUGGUUAUCUGGGAAGUCACUUCUACCUGCAGGUCACCCUGAAGCUGCACAACUCGGACGAGGAGCCCCGCCAGCUGACCUUCUUCUCCAAGUCUGCACCCGAGGGCAAUGAGGCGCGAAUGGAGUAUUUAGAGGACUUUGGAGUCUUCCAAAAGGAGAUUGCUGUCUACCAGAAUGUCCUGCCUGAACUUCACAAAGCCUGUGCCGAGGUGGCCCCGAAGUGUUACUAUGCAGACAAGAAUCUCCUCGUUUUUGAGAACCUCGCUGAUCAAGGAUAUCGCAUGGGUGCAAGUCGUGAUGGUUUAUUGUCAUACGAAGAGCUCCAUUGUUGCCUAAAGACCUUGGCUGCCUUGCAUGCUGGUUCCAUCAUCCAGGAGCAGAAAUCGGGUAAAAAACUUCCUGAAACCCAGCCGAAAUCAGUGGUGGAGAAUGCCUAUCCCAGUAAUGUGGGUCCCAAACAUCUGCGUUGGGUAAACUUCCAGAAUGCCUGCCUGGUGCUCAAGGAGUUCAUUAAACUGAUGCCUAAAUAUCAAGACAAGUUGGAUUAUAUCUUGGAGAAUUUCAUUCAGAGGAUGUCCUUUAUUUUCGAGGCUGUCAAGACCUCGGAGAAGUAUCUAAACACCCUACUCCAUGGCGAUUUGUGGGCCAAUAAUAUAAUGUUUCAGUAUGGAAAAUAUGGUGAGAGUCCGCUGCAGUGUCGCCUCGUGGACUUCCAGCUGGCAAGGUAUGCACCACCUGUCCUGGAUGUCCUUACAGUCCUGACUAUACCCACAUCGAAGCAGUUCCGGGAUGCCCAUCUCCAGGAACUUCUGGCGGAGUAUUAUCGCUUUAUGACCGAGUUCCUGAAGCGUGCAGGUUUGGAUAUAGCUCGAUUUAUGCCGGAAAAGAGUUUUUACGAUUCCGUGGAGGAGUUCAGCAGCAUUGGUCUCAUCGAAAGCUGCCUUUUCUGCCAUUUGGUGACUCUGCCACCAGAAUCCACCAAGAAGCUGACCAGCUCCGCCGAUGGCUUCAGUGAUUUCUUCAGCAAUCGUCGGAUUGAGAUCUGUGUGGAGGCCUUCAACAAGGAUGAGUUAUACAGAAACCGUUUAACGGACAUGGUUCAAGAUUUUGUGGAUAAUUUUGUACUCAAGGGGGAAGAGUAAACUUAAAUUAAUUGCUAAGUAAACAUAUUAAUAUUAAUUGAAAGACGUGUACAUAUAUAUAACAAAAUAUAACAACAUUUAAGCUUAAUUAAAUUGCAUUUAAUGAAGAAUAG